CCUUCAUCUGAUCUAUCACUUGCUGGUCUGAAGCCCCUUAAGGUAGGCCCCCAGGGUGAGAGACUGACUGUUUGGGAGAAAGUAAGACUGCGUUUGUGAAGAAAGACAGACAGACAGACAGACAGAAAGAAAGAAAGGUGAAGUUGUGAGAUCCAGUUGGCCCUUGAGAGGGUCCCUCACUUGCUUUUUAUAGCCUCCUAAAAAACUGGGGUUCCGCGGUGGGCUACAGCCCCAGUCCCUGACAUCCCCUUUUUUUUUUCUCUAAACCAACUUUAAAAGUCUGCUGUUUCCCGGCCCACAAGGUGGGGGUCCAGGGGUAAAUUGGUUGAGAGCUGCUCCAAACCUCCCAUUAUGAAGGAUGUGUUUUGAAAAUUGUGGACCAGCUGCGGGAGGCUGACCCAGUUUUCCCGUGAUCCGGGGGUAACACCAGGGGUUGUGGGAAGGACAAAGGGGGUGUUGAGCCACCUAUUGGAUUGCUGAGAGCCAGCCGCCAGCCAGGUGCCCAGGAGUGAACGCAGAGUGUCUACAGGGCGGCGGUGUCCGGGAGGAGGAAAGGGAAUCUCAUGUUAAUAAAUCUGUUGGCAAAUGAGGCUCAUUAAUAGAUAAAUAUUUCACUGCUUCCUUUAAAGCGGAUAAACAGAGCUCUGCCGAUUAAAGAAAGGAAGCUGGGAGACAUUGACUUUAUUCGAACCACAUGGCUCCAGUUUGCGGCAGCAUUCUCACUGCUUAGCUAGAGGAGACGCUGCGCCUGCGGUGUUUGCCCUGGAGCAUCUGAUCCGGGCUUAAACGUUCUGCCUAGAGAGAGAGUGGGCAGAGUAGAUCUUUCUCUCAAGACCAUCUUUGGGCCGACAGGUUGCAGAGACCCUUCAGGGACUUGAGUCUGCAGAGAGGACAGGGACAGCGGGAAUCCACACACUGAAUCUGGGGUUCAGGAAUCGGUAUGAGGUUGUGGGGGGCGAGCCCUGCCGGACAUCCAAAGGCUCGGGCACCAGGUUGGGGCUCUGACUGUUUAGGGCGUCUGGGGGCAGGCGGGGUGCAGGCCGCUGCGUGGGCCGCGUAUUUGAGCCUCUUCCCCUUCCAUUCUAGGCGCCCGCCGGCCCGUGGCGCGAGACCACCUGUGAGGGCUGCUGAGAUUGGCGGAGGCGGUCAUGUGGGCGGUCACGUGCCGCGGCGAGCUCCGUCCAAAAGAAAAUGGGGUUUGGUGUAAAUCUGGGGGUGUAAUGUUAUCAUAUAUCACGCUACCUCGUAAAACCGACACUGAAAGCUGCCGGACAACAAAUCACAGGUCAAAAUUAUGAGUUCUUCGUAUUAUGUGAACGCGCUUUUUAGCAAAUAUACGGCGGGGGCUUCUCUCUUCCAAAAUGCCGAGCCGACUUCUUGCUCCUUUGCACCCAACUCGCAGAGAAGCGGCUACGGGCCGGGCGCCGGCGCCUUCGCCUCCACCGUGCCGGGCUUAUACAAUGUCAACAGCCCCCUCUAUCAGAGCCCCUUCGCGUCGGGCUAUGGCCUGGGCGCCGACGCCUACAACCUGCCCUGCGCCUCCUACGACCAAAACAUCCCCGGGCUCUGCAGUGACCUCGCCAAAGGCGCCUGCGACAAGGCAGACGAGGGCGUGCUGCACGGCCCGGCCGAGGCCAGUUUCCGCAUCUACCCUUGGAUGCGCAGUUCAGGACCCGAUAGAAAGCGGGGACGCCAGACCUACACGCGCUACCAGACGCUGGAGCUGGAGAAGGAAUUCCACUUUAACCGCUACCUGACACGGCGCCGCCGCAUCGAGAUCGCCCACGCGCUCUGCCUCACCGAGCGCCAGAUCAAGAUCUGGUUCCAGAAUCGGCGCAUGAAGUGGAAGAAAGAACAUAAAGAUGAGAGCCAGACUCCCACAGCGGCCCCCGAAGACGCGGUGCCCUCCGUCUCCACGGCAGCUGCUGACAAGGCAGAUGAGGAGGAAGAGGAAGAAGAGGAGGAGGAAGAGGAGGAGGAGGAAUAAAGGGCCAGGAACAGGGCCCUGACUGCACGGGACAGUCGGAAAAGCGUCUUUAAGACACUCACUGAUUUUAGUUACAAAAAAGGGGGGGGAGAUAAAGUGUAAAAAGAGAGAGAGAGAUAAAGAGGGAAUCAGUCCCCACCCUCAUCCCACCCACCUCAUCACCCACUCUAGCUCCCAGGGGGGAAAGCAGGUCACCUUGGGGAUCCUCUCUGCCUCUGAGGACCAGUAGAUACCCCCAACCCUGGGCCAGUGUUGUGCGCUGGCACAGUCAAAAUACUACCUAGCACAGGCCUCCUUGAGAGGCACCCCCAAACUACCUAUGGGCCCAGCCCCAGUGGGCCACCACUCCUAAGAAGCUUCCUCCACGUCCUUACAGUGGCAGACACCCAGCACCUGCCCCCCCAUCCCUGCAAAACACAUGACCAGUACUACCUACUAGGCCUAAACUACCUAUUUUGUGCUGGCUAGCUUUUCUGCUUCACCGUGCCCACUCCUCCCAGGCCAGGCCUUGAUGCUUCUAGCUGACAGUCUUUGGGGUCACUGAGGCUUCAAUGACAAGGCAAUGAGGUUCAGGGACCAGGGCAUUGGCUUCUAUUUAAAUUGAAAAAUAAUAUAUUUAUUCCAAAGCAUACCAAAUGCUGCAGUCUAGAAUCCCUCUUUCUUUGGCUUUGGCACCUCAAGUUCAGGGCCAUUACCCCUAUUUCUGGAGGGGAGCAUUCCUGAGCUGGUUGCAGACCGGCUUUGUGGGACUAAGGAGAUGUUCCCAGACUCACUGUCCCUUCCAUUGCUUCUGUGUCCUACUGUUCAGACAUGUAUACUUAUGCCCUGACUUUUCCUACCUAGGACAAAUACUGUAUAUUUGAACCAGAUUUUUUUUUUUUGGUCAUUUCUAUAAUCUUGGAGCUCAUUUGUAAAGGAAUGUCUUGACUUGGGAAGGAUGUUUUAAUGGGGUGACUUUGUAGCAUGGUGUGUUGUAUUGAACUAAUUCUGUUGUGGGUGGGAGGCGUCCAGUACCCACCCCAGUGCCCAUUUUUUUUCCGUGUUGUCCAUGACCCCCUUAGACCCAGCCUGGGGUUCAGGGAAGGCAUGCUUUCCAGCCCAGUUACCUAUGUUUUAUGUAACAAUAAAGAUGCUUGGUGACAAAGAAA